AUGUUCGCCAAGGCCAACUUGGAGCGCAACAUGUACGCAGCCUGCUUCUUCGAAAGCGUGCUCGCGGUCCUCCUCUUUUUCAUGGGCGUCGGCAUGGUGCAGUCGAAUCACUACGGCUUGGCGCUCGGCGCGCGCUUUACCAGCGUCGCGGGAGGGUUCAUCUUUGUUGGCAUUUCGUACGCGGCCAUGGCGGUCUUCGCCUACUGCGGCGGCAAGCACCACAACAAAUUCAUCUUGCUCAUGCACCUGGGCGGUCUCUCGGCACUUAUGUCGUUUCAGUCGCUCAUCGCCUACGCCGGGCUGCAAACGGCGGCGCCUGAUUACGCCUACGACGUCCAGGACAAGUGCUUGACCACGUCGCACGUCCGCAACGAGACGAACGCGCAAGUUUGCGCGGCGUACUUUCAGAGCGAGAUGUACAAUGACUUGCGCGCGGCGUGGCGGUCCUACUUCAGCGACAACCUCGACGACCCCACGGUUGCGAUGAACAUCCAAGACUUGCAGGACACGAGUAUCUGCUGUGGCUUUGGUCCGCCCAGCCACUGCGUCAACGAUACCGCGCCAUUGACGUCGUCCGAUCCGAGCACCCCUCGCCAAGUCUGCGCGGCGACUGAUCCUAAAAAAUACCCCACGACGCGUCUGUGCUACGCCGGCGGUGCGUGUGACUUUGACCAUCCCAUCGGAAGCUGCGGCGUCAACGGGGCAGGCGUCUACUCCAAAGGCUGUGCGAGCGCGCUGCACCGCUACCACGCCGCGACGCUGCAGACAAUUUGUAUUGUCGUCCUCGCAACGCUCGUUUUACCCGCCGUUGGCAGCUGCACCACGCUCUGCCUCUGCUUUAAGCGCAAGGACGAAGACGUGAUGCCAUCGCACCUGCACAUUAGCGUCCGCCCGCCGAGCAUGACCAAGGUCUACUGCCGCGCGGACGUCGAAAAGGCCGAGCGAGAAUGGUGA